AUGGCAGUGCGAGAUAUGAAAAAUGGAAAAGCGGUGGGGCCUGAUGGCAUACCCGUCAAAGUAUGGAAAGUUUUGGAAGAAGAUGGUAUAAAGUGGCUGAUUUUAUUCUUCGAUAAGUUGUUGCAAGAAGAGUCGAUCGCUGAUGAAUGUGUAUCAGUCGAGGAACAACAGAUGCCAUAUUCGCGUUGCGCCAGCUAUGUUAAAAGUAUAGACAUGUCCAUAAGAACUUGCAUAUGGUGUAACGUUGAUCUCAAAAAGGCGUACGACCGAGUCCCCCGUAAGGUUCUGUGGUCCGAAGCCGGCGUAACCGACAAGUUCAGUGUGGCUGUGUGCCUGCACCAGGGAUCGGCUUUAAGCCCUUAUCUAUUCCUCCUGGUUAUCGACGCAUCAACAUCGGCGAUCCAGGAGGAAGUACCCUGGUGUAUGCUGUUCGCCGACGACAUUGUUCUUGUUGGGAAACAUGCGCUUGAGGUCCACACAAAUACUGAAGAUGACGACAAAAUUUGA